AUUAGCAUAUUCGUAAGAAUAUUACUUGUGCAUUCACUUUGUGUUGUCAUUAAAGUAAAUCGGAAUUAUUUGCUGCAUUGUAUUGGUACCAGAAUUAAAUGAUAUUUUAUAGAUCCGUGAUAAAACUGAAGUGGUUUACCCAAUACAAACCUAAACCAGAAAGUGAAUUCUUUAUCAAUAUAGAAUUUUUAAAGGACUUGUGCCUAGUUGGAAAUGAUGUAACACUAUCUUGAACAGGGAAAUGAACGUUUCUCUAUCUUACAAAUUUAAUUGAUAAAGAUGAAGUGAUUAGAUCUCAUAAAAAUGUGUGUCAUUAUUCGUAGCAGCAAUAUGUGAACUCAGUUGGUGUUCUGAUAAAAAAAAUGAGUUCAUUUAUUACAUGAUUAUUGAAAAUUAUUACUGUAACAUAUUAACUUCAACAGUUUACGCCGCCAAAAAGUAUUGAUAGGUAUUAUACUGGAAACAUUGAAGACCACUGCUUCCGUUAUGCCAAUAUUUCAGCUUAUAGUCAUUUGGCCAUGUUCAGGAUAUAAGCUAUGUUUGAAAGUUUAUACCAUUCAAAAUGGAAUGUGAAGAUAUAUCCUGGCAAAAUGAAACGCAAUCUGGAACCUAUUUGAGAAUGUCAAGUGAUGUAAAACUGUGUCACAAGAGUUGCUUGAAAGCCAAAUCAUACACCUGGAUAUAGUAACCGUGUCAAGCAAUACCGACACGACAAAUGAAAAUUAUGAUGGGACAAAAUACAUGGCUCAAGAAAAAGCUCCUAGUCUGUUACAAUGGAAUGACUUCAAGAACUCGACACAAAGCAAUCAAGCAGCAGAUUCAGUUGCAUCUCGGGAUAAGUGCUGCUUAUUAGCACAAGAGGAAAAACCACAUGACGAAAUUACAGAAGCAGACAAUCAUGGUCGUCAAAUUUCAGGCUUAAUGCCAGUAACAAAGGUGUUUAUGAUUUUGCUGUCUUCCUAUCUUUCCAAUGCCAUGAACAUACAACCUCCAACCGAAAACGAUCAAAGUCUCUCGAAGAUACAAACCUUUGUGUCUCUCAGCACUCCUAACUGCAACCCUUCAAAUUUAAAUAUGACCUGCCCUUUUCAAGGUAGUGAUAACAUGGAACUACUGAUCACUCGCUGUGAAUUUAAGAAAAUGUGUUUCCCAGGAUAUACACCCGUAUGUAUUAACAUUGAAGAAGGCAUGACUUUUAUCUGCGCUCCAAUAAAUCUUAGAUGCGAGAAAGGUCAUUGGUGGAAAGUUCGGAAAGACGAGGACGACCCUUCAAAGGUUAAGAUUAUUGUCGAGAAAUGUCCAACUGAUUAUUUUCAGGAAACAAAUUCAAACUGUAUCAAUGCCUGUAAAUCAAAGCACUUAGGUUUAACAAAUAUUGAAGAAAAAUAUUUGAUCUAUAGUGAAGGUAACCACAUCUACCCAACUUAUAUGUAUUGCAACUACAAAGAAGGAUAUUAUAACAGGGCUGGGAGAUUUCUAUUAGAUUACGACAGGGAAAGUGAACAUGAACCAUAUUUUUGUAGUGGGAACGCUGAAAUGAACAAUCCAUGCGUAAAAACACAAAAACCCUUGCCUAAUGGGACAUGUGUCCUUCCUUGCAACCCAUAUGAAUGUAGAGAUGAUUACGAUAACUUUAUCUGCAAACAGACUUGCUGGGACCAUCUUGAAGAUGGACAUUCCAUAACAGUUACUGUUACAGAUAAACAACCUGACUUAGACACAGAUAUUGCCGAAUGCGAUAGAGAACCAUGGGUUUGUGAAAAUGGGAUAUGCAAACAAUCUUUUAAUGGAUAUGUUUGCCAAUGCUACCCAGGAUUUGUGAACGAUAGAGAAACUGGAAGAUGUAUAGGAUCAGAUGUGACUCCCAAAACAAACACUUUAGCAACGGAAAUCAUCGUUUUAAUUGUUAUAUGUGUGACAUUUGGAGUUUGUUUGAUGACCAUUAUAGUUGCGUUUUGCAUUCGCAAAAAAUGUAAGGCACCAUCGGAUGGAGCAGAAGACGGAAACUCUUCUUCGCGUCACAACUCCUCAGCUGAUACAGUUGAGUUGAGUUCUGUAGACGAAAGUAACAACUCAGAUGACUUAAGACAUGAAACGGAUCAGAAAAAACAGUCUAUAGUAUUCAAAGGAAAAUCAACGAACGUUUACAUAACAAACCAUUUCAAUACAGACGGAACAAAAGAUAAUUUGGAAUCCACAUUUAGAACAAAAGAAGAAGACCAAAAUUAUUCUACUUCCAAAACAGAUUCCGCAUGCGAAAUUGAGCUAGAAGAUUCAAAUGAACAAAUUGCAAGACCAUUGGGCAUGUUUCAAACUGUUUCAAAUAAUGCACCAUUUACUAACGACUUUAGCGAAGAGGAGAAAGAACAUUUGUUAGCUAAUUCAAGUUAUGGUGAUGCAAAGUUAAAUCUUGGAGAGUUCAAAAAAGAUACUGAUGACACAAACACACAAGCAGCAACGAAUUGUUUGAAUCAGCUCCUGCGGAGCUGCGGCGCAAUAAUACACAGUAACAAAGUUAUGGGGUCUGCUUUCCGUGUGGGUCGAUUUUAUGUGAUGACAUCAUUUCAUGUUCUUCGUAAAAUAGUUAGAGAUCAGACAGGCAGCACAUACUAUGACUUUUCACGGAUUGAACAAGAAGAGUUGGGAGUUAAUUUUAACGAAUCCAUCAUGAACCCUCACAGACGGAGAUUUUCAUUGAAAUAUAGAUAUCAUGAUGAAGAAUACGAUUUUGCCAUACUUGAAAUAAAAAAUAUUGAACUACACGAAAAUCUCCCGGACCCUCUAUUGUUAUGGAAACACGACAGCUAUUAUUUGUUUAUAGAGGAAGUUAUUCUUAUAGGUUAUGGUAAUAAGAAGAACGAAAAUGAAAAACAUUGGGAAAUAUGUAAGAUAAUCGAAGAAGACACUUUUAACAGAAGGCACAGGGAAGCACUUGCAAGUUUGGAACAAAAUGCACAGGAAUAUAAAAAUGACAUACCUGGACAUGAUAAGUCUUCUGUUGAUCGAGGCUACCAUGGUCUUGAUAACGAACUAUUUAUCAAAUUUGAUUGCUUUAUGGAACAUGGAUUAUCUGGUGGUCCAGUUAUUACGAAAGAAGUUAAUUCACCAAAAGUGAUAGGCAUAGUUAAAGGAGGUCAACCCGAUUUUUACUAUAAACUGUCUGAGAGGAAACGAGCCGCUUUUGAUAGGAAACAUCUAUUUGAGGUUGGAGUAAAAAUGCAUUUGAUACACCAAAAAAUGUUAACGCAAGACCCAGCCCUUGCUUCUGAAAUAUUUCCUAAAGAUUGAAAAAGAAUUAACAGAACAUGGAGUCUUGUUUCAGAUAUUAAAAAAACAAAACAUUAUUUUAUUUUUUCAUCAUCAGCUUUUUGAAUUCGAAUUCCAAUAAUGAAUAAUAUUUUGUGUUUCUUUAUGAUGAUUUCCUUUCUAUGUACAAAGCAAAACGAAAUAUUAACUCUUGUUUAAGAUUUAUAAAAUAUGACGAUUUAAAUUAUCCGACACUAUCACCAUUUUCAUAAAUGGCAUUUAUUAUAAUGAAAAAUAAAA